AAGAGGCCUUGAAAUCCAUCAUGAAGGACCUGGUAGCACUCCAGAUGAGCCGACGUCACAGACUGACUGGAUAUGAUACCAUGAAGAAUAAAGACACUGCUCACUCCAACAAACAGAAAAAACACAAUGUCAGCAGUCCACCGCUCUUGGGCAGCCCUGCAAUAACAAACCAGUGUGCCUCUGCCAUGGAAGAAAAAAAAAUUCCGAAUGAUGUAAGGAUAAAGUUUGAACAUAAUGGGGAAAGGCGAAUUAUCCCGUUCGUCCGUCCCGUGCGCUAUGAAGAUGUACAACAGAAAGUGAAAACAGCCUUUGGCCAGCCACUGGACCUCCACUACAUGAACAAUGAGCUGUCUAUUCCUCUGAAAAAUCAAGAUGACCUGGAUAAAGCAGUAGACCUCUUAGACCGAAGCUCUAAUGUGAAAAGCCUUAGAAUAUUAUUGCUGUCUCAGGACAGAAACCAUACCAGUUCUUCACCCCAUUCUGGACUGCCCAAACAAGUCAGGAUUAAAACUUCCCAAUCUGUCGGGGAUGUGAACACACCCUAUCAGCAGCCAGAACCCAGAAGUAGGCAUCUAUCUGUCAGUUCCCAGAACACAGGCCGAAGUUCACCACCUCCUGGGUAUGUUCCAGAGAGGCAACAGCGCAUUGCUCGGCAGGGUUCCUACACCAGCAUAAAUAGUGAAGGUGAAUUCAUCCCAGAAACCAAUGAACAGUGUAUGCUGGACCCAUUAAGCAGUGCGGAAAACUCUGUGUCAGGAAGCUGUCAGUCCUUGGACAGGUCAGCAGACAGUCCUUCUUUUCGGAAGUCACGGAUGUCAAGGGCACAAAGCUUUCCUGAUAAUAGACAGGAGUUCUCAGAUCGUGACAAUCAGAUCUAUGACAAAGCAGGGAAAGGUGGGACCUACCCUCGGCGCUACAAUGUCUCCAUGCAGCACAAAGACUACAACGAUGGCCGGAGGACGUUUCCCCGGAUACGGCGUCACCAAGGGAAUCUUUUCACCUUGGUUCCUUCAAGUCGUUCCUUAAGCACCAACGGAGAAAACCUGGGCCUGGCAUUGCAGUACCUGGACCCCCGGGGGCGCCUGCGGAGUGCCGACAGCGAAAAUGCCCUUGGUGUGCAGGAGAGGAACAUUCCCACCAAAUCUCCAAGUGCUCCAAUAAACUGGCGACGAGGAAAACUGCUGGGCCAGGGUGCUUUUGGUCGUGUGUAUUUGUGCUAUGAUGUGGACACGGGCAGAGAGCUUGCAGCUAAGCAGGUCCAGUUUGACCCAGAGAGUCCUGAAACAAGCAAGGAGGUGAGUGCCCUGGAGUGUGAAAUUCAGCUGCUGAAGAAUCUCCAGCACGAACGUAUUGUUCAGUAUUACGGCUGCUUACGGGAUCGAGCAGAGAAGACCUUGACCAUCUUCAUGGAGUAUAUGCCAGGGGGGUCAGUGAAAGACCAGCUGAAGGCGUAUGGUGCUCUCACGGAAAAUGUAACCCGGAAAUACACUCGCCAGAUUCUUGAGGGAGUCUCGUACCUUCACAGCAACAUGAUUGUGCACAGGGACAUAAAGGGAGCCAAUAUUCUCCGUGACUCUGCUGGGAAUGUGAAGCUUGGGGACUUUGGGGCCAGCAAACGGCUGCAGACAAUCUGUAUGUCUGGAACAGGCAUCCGCUCUGUCACUGGCACGCCAUAUUGGAUGAGCCCGGAGGUGAUCAGCGGAGAAGGCUAUGGAAGAAAAGCAGACGUAUGGAGCCUCGGUUGUACUGUUGUGGAAAUGCUGACAGAGAAACCACCCUGGGCAGAGUACGAAGCCAUGGCAGCCAUUUUCAAAAUCGCCACCCAACCAACCAACCCCCAGCUCCCCUCCCACAUAUCAGAACAUUGCCGGGACUUUCUAAAGCAGAUCUUUGUGGAAGCCAGGCACAGACCCUCUGCUGAAGAGCUGCUCAGACAUCAGUUUGCACAGCUCCAGUACUGAAUUACCUCCCUCGCUAGCAGCUCCUGCUGGGCUUUCGGUGCCCCGUUUGGUCUAGUUGCAACUGCCCGUUGUGGUGCUGCAUCUUCAAAAUGCCAACUCGGCUGUCCUAGUCCUUUGGGGAAAUUAUGCCAAGGAACCUAGGGUCUGCUCUUGUGCCUGAUACCUUUGUUUGCUGGACUAAUGUUUAUUCUACCGACAGCUGUCCAAACAGAGCUGCAUUUUUGCCCUGGUUACCUUGAAGUGAAAUUGCAGCUGGCUGCAUGUUUUCUGCAGGCCCAAGGAUGGGGCGCUAAGAAGUGUCUCACUGGU